AUGAACGGACGGAAGCUGCUGCUCAUCACGGCGGGCCGCUGUUGCUGUUCGGAGAUGGACUCGCGCGGCUAUGGUGGAUUGACGGAAAGGCUGAGAUUGGCGAUUGGAAGCUGGGAUCUGCAGCUGCUCGCGAGUUUGCCGGCGAAGAAAGACACGACGGCGUGCGGCAUCACUGGAGGAAAUCGGCAGCCUCGACAACUUUCGGUCGGAGCUCGUCUCUGCCGAGAAGAGAGUGAGGUGACGGGAAAUUUUAAAGAAGAAGGAGAUGAGGAGCGGCUGAUGAAGAGGAUUAGGGAUGAGAAUUUUCCAAUUGCACGACACUCUCUUGAGAAGUCAAUAAUAAAGGGCUGA